CCUCUCACAUGAGCCAUGAAAUCUAUAUAUCUACCCUCUUUCAUCCCUUUGAGUCACAGACAAGGGAACUCUUCAGCAUUUAAAACCCACUUCCAAAGACCUAACAAGGUGGAAAUAGGAACUUCGAUCAUGCCGGAAACCAAUACGAAACCGAAGCCAAAGAUCUCUGCAUCUCGCAGAUUAUUCUUGAAGACCAAACUGUUAAAGAGGGCAAUGACUAUGCUGGAGAAUGAACAGGAACGCAGAAAAGAGAAUCGAGAGAAGGUCCUGGAAGAGAAACACCCAACCCUCCAGCUGUCAGGCCUGUCCAAGGAAGAAUUACAGACCCUUUGCAAAGAGCUCCACCAGAGAAUUGAUGUCAUCGAUGAAGAGCGCUACGACAUUGCUAGCAAAGUGGCAAUAAAUGACAAAGAGAUACAGAACUUGUCUCAAAAGAUCUUUGAGCUGAAGGGCAAGAUGAAGAAGCCGAACCUGAGGAAGGUGAGGGUGUCUGCAGGAGCCAUGCUGGGAGCCCUGCUGGGGGCGAAGGUAAAAGAGUCAGUGGACUUCAAGGCAAACCUAAAGACUGUGAAGAAAGAGGAGGAAAAGAAAGAAGAGGUGACUGACUGGCGUAAGAACGUGGACGCCAUGUCUGGGAUGGAGGGCAGAAAGAAGCUGUUUGACUCCGCCCAGUAGAUUUGGGACUAAUGUCACUGUAAAACCACUGCAUUGGAAAGAUUAAAAUAUUGUAGACUCACUUUAUUAUCUGACAGUGAAAAAUAGGGAAAGUAUGAAUUGUGAUACGGUUUUGAGUUUAUAGGCUACAAAGGUGACCAUUCUGACUUUGGGAUCAUUUUUUGUUGAACGCACAUUAAUGCAUAGUGUGUAUUCCACCCACUUGUGUGUGUCCGUUCCACUAUUACCUGGAGCAUUACAACUUUUCUUCUUUAUUAUUGGGUUGAAAAACAAACAGGCAUAGAAAGGUGAAUCUUAAACAGUCUUAAGAUUGUCCUAAAAGCUUAACUCUGGAUUGAAAGGACAGUGAAUUCACAUUCUUAUAUAUAUAAGCAGUUUAUACCGGAAUCAGCUCGUCAUGGAUCACACGAAGGUGCUUAUCCUUGAAAACAUGGGAAGUUACUGUGAAUUAUUCAGAUGAAUCAGUCUUAUGAUUUAUUUGUAAGGGAGCCAAGAAUGCUGUCGUUUUUUAUGGAGAACACUUGUAAAAUGUCUGUGUAUGCUCAAAAAUACUCGCAAUACAUUUAUCGUAUUUUCUAGCUGUCACUCAUAAAAUGUGUUAUUCACAUAUUAGAACUGUUUUAGAACAACAUGAUAUGUCCAAUGUUUUAGUAUGCAAAGCAGUUUUUCAUUCUCUGCAAACAUCUAAAUAAACUACAUUAUUAUUUCUGA